CGACUUUGCAUCUUGACCGUGACCGUCGUGGCAGUCGUCCUUUCCAUCGUCUUCAUCGUCGCCAACAGCGUGCAGAAGCCGACACUCGGAAGCGUUCCCGCUCGCCCUCCGACAGUGAGCAGCCAAAGCACAAGCGUGCCAACACCGGCGCUACGAAUGACUCCCACCGGUCGAAUCACUCUGUGUCGGCGGGUGACGUGAAGAUGGAAUCCCGCGCGGACGACACUGCUGCGUCGACUCCUGACGCUUCGCACCGCUCAGACAAGGGGCCUUUGGACAUCGCCGACCGUGCGUCGGGCGACCCCUCCACGGAGGCUCAGGGUGACGGCUCGGCGACCACCUCUGGAGCGCCUAGCAGCUCUGGGCAGCCGACGCCGCCUGCUGCCAACAUCCACAUGCGGUGCCUGAUCGUCACCCAGGACGCAUCCAUCAUCAUUGGCAAGGCAGGGUCGCACGUCAACGAGAUCAGGGAGAAGAGCGGUGCACGCGUCGUAGUCUCCGAGAGCAUCCCAGGGAAUCCGGAGCGCAUCUUGAAUGUAAGCGGUCCUUUGGACGCGGUGUCGAAGGCCUUCGGCCUUAUCGUACGGAGGAUCAACGACGAGCCUUUCGACAAACCGUCAGUCCCCGGCAGUCGGGCAGUGACUAUCAAGUUCAUGAUCCCGAACUCGCGUAUGGGCUCGGUCAUCGGAAAGGGCGGUACCAAAAUCAAGGAGAUCCAGGAGGCCAGCGGAGCAAGAUUGAACGCCAGCGAGACGAUGCUCCCGGGCUCAACGGAGCGUCUCCUCAGUGUGUCCGGCGUGGCGGACGCGAUCCACAUCGCAACCUAUUACAUUGGCAACAUUUUGAUCGAGGCAAACGAGCGCAUGCCCACGACGAACAACUCUUCCUACCGACCGUCGAGUUAUCAGGCGUCCUCUGCCCCCCCUUCGUCUACCCCGCGCGGCCGCCCGCCGUACUCGGGCUCGUCGUACGUCCCAGGAGGAUACGGGCAGAACCCCUACGCCCCUGCGGCUCCUGCUGCCCCUGCCCCUGGGCCCCCUUCACAGCUGCAGACACAGCAGAUAUACAUCCCGAACGACCUCGUCGGGUGUAUCAUCGGCAAGGGAGGUGCAAAGAUCAACGAGAUUCGCCACAUGAGCGCGAGUCAAAUCAAGAUUAUGGAGCCCGGCGCUGUCGGCGUUGGCUUGAAUGGCGCAGCGGCGCCAGCUGGUAGCGAAGGCGAACGGUUAGUUGUCAUUACUGGUCAGCCCGCCAACAUCCAGAUGGCCGUGCAGCUUCUUUACUCGCGCCUAGAGCAGGAAAAGCAGAAACAGCUGCGUCAACAGUCGGCGCACAUAUGAUCACAUCCUACUGACGCGUUGUGUACUCCUAUCGCCAUGCUCUCCGUUGGUCGUUUGUCCGCCUCUUCUCGGUUUCUUGGAAGCGGACGUUCCCUGCCCAACUGGUGGUUUCAAGGCGGUCUUCUCCCCCCACCUACCUCACUCUUCCCCAUCCCCUUUUGCCCCCCCUUUUUGUCGUCUGUGUAGUAUGCUCUCCGCUGCUAUCCUAUUUAAUCUGAUGUCCCCGCUGCCGCGUGUCGCAUCGUCGCCUCAUGUUCGUCCGUCCAUCACCACCCCUCAUGCCCGUCCGAUUCCCAAGC